UAUAUAUAUAUAUAUAUGUGUGUGUGUGUGUGUGUGUGUGUGGUCUUCCUACAUAUGCAACGGUUCACACACUCCUGCCUUAGAUCUUCUCCUUAACUAAUCGAAAAUGCGGCGCUUAAUUGCAGCUACUCUCGCUCUUACUGGUAUCACUAUCGCAGACACGUCAGCGAAGUUCCGUCUGCGCACCGCCAACAACCCCGCCGUCGCAGAUUGGGCAAUUUUGAACACACGGUACGAUGAGGGGACAUACCUAGUCUACGUUCAGCAAUCCCAGGGAUACCAGUCCGACGUGUCCUUUUUAGAUGGUGACUUAUUAUUCUUUGAGAUUCCCUUCGAAUCAAUCGCGCACGGUCUUCGCGUUCCUGACGUCCCAGAGGGCCAAGUCAGUGAAGUGUAUACACAGCAGGGCAAAGGCGUUCCGGGCUUCGUGCUCAGCGAUGAUGGUUAUCUGAUGUACAACGGUACUGUAGAAGGCUGGUGGGCAUGCCCCAUCAACGACGUCUACUCACUCUUUUACGGCGUCGAGCCCGACGAGGCGAACCUCCCUAGCAUCCUAUGUCAAAGCUUUCAGCUUGCUUUUGAAUAUAUCUGAAGGUGGACACAGCUCGAUUGCGUGUCUUGGACUUGAAGGAGCAGGGCACGCCGGGAGUGGGGGCCACGAGUUCGUAGAAGCUUACAAGAAUCACACUACACGACAUCAAGUCUGAUUCUUAUAGAUCUCGUAUCAUCUCUCAUAGACUUCCUGACGAACGGCUACAAGAGCAUUUGGAUAAUAUUCAGAGAAGAUUAGCAUGGCUCCUGCACUAGAUGACACGUGCAAUCAAAGAGAUGCAACUAUUUCCCCCCCUUCUUGUCUGUUGCUGUUUGCUCCGUAAUAAUAAUCUCUACGCUCCCCGGUUUAUCUAUUGACGAGCGGAUAGAAUCCUGAGUUCUCCAGAGGCCAUGGUCGUAC